AUGGGUCUCGUUAAGCUUUCUACCCCUUUCAUUCUCGCCGCCUCGCUUUUGUCAUCCGUGGCGCAAGCCGCCCCGGCCCUUCAUGCAAUCAAAGCUCGCGACUACGUCACUGAGAUCGUCACCGAGACCGUCUGGACGACCGUCGAUAUUACUACCACCCUCUACGUGGAUGAACUGCCUUCUACGUCUGCGCCUGCCACAGCUUCUGCUGAGGUGACUUCUGCAGAGAAGAUUGAAUCGACUCCAGAACCCACCUCACUCCCAGCAGCUGAACCAGCCCCAACGUCUUCAGAGGACGCCCCUAUUGCAGCAUCGUCCGCCGCAGGAGAAUUCGCUGAGAGCUCGACCUCGCCAACGCCCGAGUUCACCGCUCCUGCACCCUCGGUCCCAGCUGAGAGUCCUCCCGCGUCAGUCCCAAGUGCAUCAGCUACCCCUGAGGAACCCACUCCUGUUGUAGUACCUACCCCGGAAAUCCCAACUUCGAGCGCACCAGCCGCCUAUGAGGCCCCUACUCCCUCACCAGUCAGCUCAGUUGCCGAAAACGGCUCAUGUGAAGGAGGCUCAACUUGCACAGGUGAUGUCACCCACUGGGAUGGUGGUCUCGGAGCGUGUGGUACCGUUGUUGACACUGAGUCUGAUAUGGCCAUUGCUCUGCCUCACGGAUUCAUGGGUCCUCUCAGCAAUUCCAACCCAUAUUGCGGCAGAACCGUGACCAUCGAGACUACCUCAGGGUCGACUGUCCAGGCCACGGUCAGGGACAAAUGUAUGGGCUGCGAGGGCCGCUCCAUUGAUCUUACCAACAAGGCUUUCAAUGCGGUUACUGAUGGAAAGGGUGAUGGCCGUGUCAAGAACAUCAAAUGGCAUUUCAGCGAUUAUUAG